GCUCCCAGCUGCACGAGCCGGCAGCGCCGGGAACAGCGGUGCGGGGCGGCGCGUCUCCCCAGCCGGACGCGGGGCCGGGGCUCCCCGGGGCUCCCGCAGACCCUGGCGCGCCAGGCGGUGGCAUAGCAUGGGCGAGCCCUGGCCGAGGCAUGGGCAGCGCUAAGGAGCCAGGGAGCCUGCAGCUGCUCGCACAGGAGGGGCCGGCUGAGGACGGGUGCUCUCCGGGCCGCCAGCAGACGAGCGGCUACCUCCGCAACUCCCGCUGUGGGGCCGGCGCGCUGGCCAUGAGGAACUGCUGCGGCACUGAGCCCGGCGGCCCCGAGCCCGGCAGCCAAGGCAGCACAGAGAGCCGAGCUGAGGCCCCCGCCAUGGCCCAGCAGUCUGAGCCGGAGCCGGCGGCUGGGGGCCGGGCCUUGGCUCUCAAGGGCCCCGGCGCGGGAGCGGGGCCAUUGGAAAAGGGGGACGAGCCAACGCCUGUGGCUGUGAGCUGCUUGGGACAGAACGGCGAGCGGAGCUCGGGCCCCUUGGUGCUGCCUGAUGGCUCUGUCAUCCCCCAGGGCCCUCCAGCGGAGGAGGGCGCUGCCGUGGCCAGCCCUGGGCCGCUGUCUCCGCGCCUCCUGCCGGAGCCGGGCCUCAAGGGGCACAGCAGGGACCCAGAGAGUGCCCCGGCCGCUCUGAAACACGUUGUAUUCCUUGAACCAGACAACACAGACCCUGAGGCAGAUGGUGCCGGAGCCACCGCGGUCAGUCCUGAGCUGGGCCCGGUGCCUCCCAUGUGCCCGCAGGACCGAAGCCAAGAGCAGCCCGGGGCCUCCGAGGGAGCCGUGUCCCGUUGGAGCGUGGGAGCCCCCGGCACAGCGCCACUGUCCGAUGGCGGCCUGGGCGCGCCCUGUGGAGACGCCGGUGGGAAAGCACCCGCAUCUCUGGCAGAGCCCAAGGCCCAGCUGGGACCUUCGGCUGCCCCAGGGGCAGGGGGCAACGGGGACAAGGCACGUCCUUCUGCUCCGGAAGGUACCAAGGACUCCACCCCGGGAACAGAAGCAGCCUCAGGCCCGGGAGCAAGGCUGGAUGCAGGCACGAUCCCGUCAGGCCAAGCCAAGGAGUCCAGUCCCCUUGCCCCUCUCUCCAUCCAGAAAGCCGGGCCAGAGGCCCCCUCUGCUGCUGCUCCCAUCAAAUCAGGAGCGAGCCGGGCGGCUCCAGCUGAGGCCAGAGGGGGAGCCGGCCCGCCCCAGGGCACUGCGGAGGGAAGCCCAGCUCAGGAGCAGUGGGGAGCAAUGGGGAUGGAGGUGGGGCCUGGGGAGGAGGCCGCUCAGGAGCCCCGGACUGUGGAGCUGCUCUCCAAGACCUACUCGUUUGAGGUCACUCCUCCCCCGCAGGAUGCCGGGACUCAGGACGCUGGGACGCAGGUCGGCAGCCGAGUGUCGCUGGUGUCUGUGGCCAUCAGCCCCAUAAACCCCCCGGACGGGUCCUCGGCCUUCACCUUCCACAGCCGGGGCCAAGGCCCCUUGGGCCUGAAGAGCCCGGGCCCGGAGCUGAAGCCCUCCAAGAAGGAUGCGGAGAUGCAGGUCUCGAUCCCAGUGGAGACCAGGUCUGUGGCCACGGGGCCCAUGACGCCGGUGGCCAAGUCUCCCCAGGCACCCUACCCCGAGGUGCACGUGAAAGGGGCGCAGGAAGAGCCGUCCGAGCCCAUCCGGGAAGUCAGCUGGGACGAGAAGGGGAUGACAUGGGAGGUGUACGGUGCCACCAUGGAGGUGGAGGUGCUGGGCAUGGCCAUCCAGAAGCACCUGGAGAAGCAGAUCGAGGAGCACGGCCGGCAGGUGGUGAUGACGCCGCAGAGCACCCGGGCCAGCUCCAUCAAGGGGGCCCCACAGAAGGGGGAAGUCAAGCGGCAGCCCAGCAUGCUCCGGGCGCUUCUGCAGAGCAUGCGCCGGCCCCGCUGCUGCUCCCGGCCCGGUCCCGCCACGGAGUGAGGCCACCGCUCGCGCCCUGGCGGGCUGGGAACGGCAGCGCAGCCCACGCCCUGUGGUUUCUCAGGCAAUCCCGGGGGCUGGGGUCUUGCCCCUCUGGCCCCGGGCUCAGCAGCUCCAGGCACUUGGACCCCACGGUCUCCUGCUCACCCAGGCCGGACACUGGCCAGACUGCCCCUCCCCGAGCUGCACGCCUGGGCAGGGUGCGGCCUGCAGAGACUUCAGGCCCCAGCAUGCAAUGCUCCCCCCAGCAAUGCCUGCUUCCAUUGAGAUGGAGCACUGCAUGCUGGGACACGUAGUCCCCACAAGCUGCACCUUGGUCUGCAGGAGGGGUUGGCUGUGAUCUGGGCCCAGGGUGCGGCUGAUGCUGGGCAAUGUCUGGGCACCCCUGGGUGGAGGCUGGGAUUUGUACAGUGAAGCUCGUGAUGGGACGGCCAGACAAAACGCGGAAGGGGUGGGGGUGGUUGCGGGCCAGCCCUCGGGAGCAUGUCUGGCAGGGGGCCGGCUCCCCGCCUUCCCCCUGGGUCACGAGCUGCAUUUCCCAAAGCACAGAACAGCACUGGCUACCUUAAAGGCCUACAGCCCAGGUCCUAAGGUCUGAUUCCCCGGACAGCACCCAGUGCCCGGGGCUGAGAGUCCCGCUGCCCCUUGUGCUUUCCGGGGAGACUCCAGCUUCCCGUCAGCCUGGGCAGCUGGAACCAGCCAUGCUCUGCUGCCCUGCAAAGCUGCAGCCCUGCCUCCCCCGCCCAGCCCCCGAGCCACGCGCCUGCUGCGCCAGGCUCCCCGGGGAGGUGGUGGAAGCUUGGCAGUCAGGCUGUGCCCUGCCUGGAGGCAGGGGCGAGCUGGGCUGGCCUGGGAUGGCUUUGCCAGCGCUCAUGUAUUGGACUGUGGUUUGGAGAGACAAACUCCAGCCUCACUCCGGUUCCUGAGAGGCCCCCGGCUCUGCAGUGCAGCCCAGCCGCUCUCACCGACUCCCACCCUCGACAGAGCUCAAAUCUUUGCAGGCGGGUGUCCUCCCCACGUGGCACAGGGCUGCUCACAGGCUCAGGCAUGGUGCGUCCCUGCUGCAGGUUUAACAGCCCCUGGAACCGCCCUGGCUCAGCCCAGCCCACUGGCCGCUCCCGCCCGCUGCCAGACGCUCAGGGCGUGCCGGGGUGGUGCCAGGGCACACACCGUGUAGCUCUGCCUGCAGACGGCACCGGCCCCGGCGGCAGGGUUCAGGCCACCCAACUGUCUCCUACCAAAGGGCUUGUGAGUGGGGAAGCGCCGAGCCCUGAGCCCCCAGCGAGAGCUGCGGAGAGGAGAGCAGCUCGGCUGCAGGCCUUAGCCCUUGGGCCAUGUGAAAUGGCACCUGCCAGCCCCUGCUCUGUGCACGGAGCGGCGUCUGCCACCGUCAGACCAGGAGGUGCAGGGUCCCAGCAGCUGGGUUUCCUGGGGGCAGUUUCAGGAGGCCCCUGGGAGUCCAGCCCAAACUGAACUCAUGGCUUACAGCCAAGCAGCUGGAGGGGCCAGUGGGGCUGGGCCAGGCCUGUGUGGCCGGAGGGGCUAGUGCUGCCAGGCCCAAUAACGGACCCCCCAGGCUCUGCUUGCUGCCUGGACAUAGCGACCCACCGGCCCAGAGCUGGGAGUGGACGCUGCACCCAGGGAGCAGCUGGGUGAGGGCAGGGCCCAGCGGGACGGCGCCCGUGGGGGCCUUUGUUCUCAUGUUGCCAGUCAGUCAAGGCGGGUUCCUCCCGCUCCCCCUUGGCUCAGCAGUGACCUGGUAGACAGGCCCUGGCUCGUGUGCUCCGUUCUCGGCGGGAUCCCAGCUCGUCCCGCACCAGGAGCCAGGUGCCCAGCGGGCUCCACAGAGCGUGGGGGCUGGGGAGGUCUUGGAGUCCAGGCCAAGAUGUCCAGGCCACAAACCAAGCCAAUUGCCUGAGAAACCCAGGCCACUGGGCAAUGUUCAUGUCCUGCCUGUGCGUGUUGCUGCUUGGGCAUAUGGGGUCCCUGCGUGUAUGUGUGUCCCUGCGUGUGUGUCCCUGUGUGUGUGCGUGUCCCUGCGUGUGCGUGUCCCUAUGUGGGCAUAUGGGGUCCCUGCGUGUAUGUGUGUCCCUGCGUGUGCAUGUCCCCAUGUGUGUGCGUGUCCCUGCGUGUGCGUGUCCCUAUGUGGGCAUAUGGGGUCCCUGCGUGUGUCACGGAGUCCCUGGGCGAUGCUCUGGAACUGCUCCCCAUGAAGUCAGUCAGGACUCUGGGGUAGUCGCCUUUCUGUGAGCAGCCUGUCUGCAGGACACCCAGCUCACACAGCUUCCACCUUCCUGGGUCUGACCUCGGAGCAUUCAGCAUCCUCUGCCUCUCCG